AUGCUUACGUCGUCUUCCUCCAAGCUUGUAUCCCGCGCAUCGCGCUCGCUAUUUAGCAAGGCCAGUGCCAUGCCGAGCGUGUCUUUGAGUGAAGAGUUCCCGUCCGUGCCCAAGUCACAGCCAGUAGCCGUAGCCGCCCCAAAGGUUACUUCGUCCACGGCCUCGUCGGGUCUUGUGCUGGGCUCAGAUGAUCGCGCCGCAUCUGUAUCCACCAUCGGUGUGCAGCUCAAAACGGGUGCGCGUGACGAGACCGAGGAGACUGCUGGUAUCUCGCAGCUAUUUGCAAAGAUGGCGUUCCGUGCUACACAGACGCGCUCGGAUCUGCGUCUGUACCGCGACAUUGAGGCUAUUGGUGGCGUCGUAAACGCCCAGGCCGGCCGAGACUUUGUGCGCUACAGUGUCAGCGUACUGCCCGACCAGCUAGAGGCAGCUGCUGAGAUCUUGGCUGAGACGACGCUUGCCCCCAAGUUUGCUCUUUACGACGUGGACGAGCAGAAGAAGCUCGUACAUGCCGAGUUUGAGAAGAUUACAGAGGAUCCAUUGGCGUCACUGCUGGAGGGCGUGCACGCCGCUGCAUUUUACGACGAUGUGUCGCUUGGCCGCCCGCUCGCAUCCGUGGAAAACCUCAAGGCGUUUAGUCCCGAAACGUUGUGGGCCUAUUACGACAAGUAUGUGAACACGUCCAAUGCCGCUCUUGUGGGCGCUGGUGUAACUCACAGCACUCUCACAGAUUUGGCCAACCAGUACUUUGGCUCAUUCGUCAAAGGCAGCAAGGCUGUCAGCUCCACGGCCAAGUACGUGGGUGGAGAGACCCGCGUCAAGAAAUCGGCUAAGUUUACGCACGUUGCUCUGGCGUUGCCCACUGUGGGCCGCGACUCUGCCGACUUUGGUGCGUCGCAGGUGCUGCGCGCUCUGCUGAGUAUGCGGCUCAAUAACAAGAAAGCCUCGGCUUUCCUGACGAGUUACAGCGACGUCUCUUUAGUGGGUCUGUCUGGUUAUGCUGCCCACUCGGAGGUUGGCGCACUUGUGGACUCGUUUGCAGCUGAGCUUAAGAAGACCGCUUCGGCCCCGGCUAGUAAGGAGGAGCUGGCUACCGCUACGACUAAGGCGGCUCUCGAUGCUCUGGAACAGUACAGCACCCAAGCAGGUACUCUGGGCCGCAUCGGCCUAGUUGCCACGACUGGUUUCGUGUCCAAGUCGCCGUCAGAGCUCGUUAAGGAUGUUACCGCUGCUAAGCUGCAGGAGCUGGCUCAGAAGGCACUGAAUGCGACGCCUUCUGUGGCUGCCAUUGGCAAGCUGUCAGCCGUUCCGCACGUGGACGCAGUUGCCAGCAAGCUGCAGUAA